GAGUGCAUUAAUUAAACCCGAAAAGCUCGUGCAUUCCCCCUGAGUACUAUUUCUCACCGAAGAUCCGGGAUGGCAGCUCGUUGCACGAGCUCAUACCGAGAGGGAGCGAGAGGAGAGCACGAGCAUCUCUCCGCCGCAGCAUCGCCUCCAUUGCGAUCACGUCCGUCAUCCUGCGUGCUGGGUUUCCCGUAGACUUGCGCGCACGCGAGCUUGUGGAGGUUGUUGUCUUGAUUUGACUUGUUUUGUUUAUGGUUUUGUCUUUGUUUUUGUUUUUGUUUUGCAUAUGAAUGCAUGCAUUCGCGUCGUCGCGUUCAUCUUUCGGCAUCUUGGUUUUUUUUUACGCGCCGCCGGGGAAUGCGAGCGAGGCAUCAUGGUGCGCAUCCUCAGCGCCCUCGGCUUGGUCAUGUUCAGCGUGGCUCUGCUCAUCCUCUCUCUCAUCAGCUACGUGUCCAUAAAGAAGGACGCCAUCUUCACGGGCCCCAAAUACCCGAGCGGCGGCGGCGGGCCGCGGAUGUACAUGUUUCACACGGGCUUCAGAUCCCAACUGGCAAUGAAGUUUCUGGACCCAGCGUUUUCACCCCUGAACAAUGCCCUAAAUGAGAACCUUCAGGACAAUUCAUCCAAGUGGAAGUUUAAUAAGACGGGCUAUUUAGAGCAAAGUAAAGAGAUUGCCCAGUACAUUGACGUGCCACGUAACUUCACCCUGACCAAGACCAGCGUGCGUGUGGGUCAGCUGAUGCACUACGACUACUCCAGUCAUAAAUAUGUCUUUUCCAUUGGUGAGAACUUCCGCUCCCUCUUGCCGGACUCGUCGCCCAUCCUUAACAAGCGCUACAACACGUGCGCCGUGGUGGGAAACAGCGGCAUCCUGACGGGCAGCCGGUGCGGCGGCGCCAUCGAUGCCUAUGACUUUGUCUUCCGCUGCAACUUCGCACCUACCGAGGUCUUCCGCAAGGACGUGGGCCGCCGCACAAACCUCACGACUUUUAACCCGAGCAUUUUGGAGAAGUACUAUAACAACCUGCUCACCAUUCAAGACAGAAACAACUUCUUCCUGAGCUUGAAGAAGCUGGACGGAGCCAUCCUGUGGAUUCCAGCCUUUUUCUUCCACACCUCUGCCACGGUCACACGCACGCUGGUGGACUUCUUUGUGGAGCACCGGGGGCAACUACGGGUGCAGCUCGCCUGGCCUGGGAACAUCAUGCAGUAUGUCAACAGGUACUGGAAGACGAAGCAGCUCUCCCCGAAGCGCCUGAGCACAGGGAUCCUGAUGUUCACUCUGGCCUCGUCCCUGUGCGAGCAGAUUCACCUGUACGGCUUCUGGCCUUUCGGCUGGGACCCCAACACAGGCAAGGAGCUGCCCUACCACUAUUACGACAAGAAAGGCACCAAGUUCACCACCAAGUGGCAGGAGUCGCACCAGCUGCCCACCGAGUUCAAGCUUCUGUUCAAGAUGCACACGGAGGGCGUCCUCAAACUGAGUCUCUCUCACUGCGCAUAGAGAUCAAAGAGGUCGGAAAGGUCACGGGUCGCGAUUUUAAAGUCGGAGGUUUGGACUGUGGGGCUUUUUUUAAGGCACAUAUCAAACUUUAAAUACUUAGAAAUGCUAGCAUCGAUGACGUUAAGUGCCAAUCAACAACAUUCAGCCUAAUUUUAGGAUGCAGCUUUUACAAACAGCGUCCUGACUUGUACAGGAAGCUUGUUAGCCGUGCUGCGUGUUAGCAAACGCAGACCUACAGUAAUCCGGGGUUCCUUCUCUCAGCUUGUGUGUUCGCAUCUGACUCAACCCAGAAAUAAACUGAACCAGGACUUUUGAAAAUGUGUUCUCACCGAUCCAAGGACAGCUCAGAACAGAUACGCCAUGACGAGAGACAUUUCAAGAGAGACAUUCCUGUUCGCUUUAAAGGCUAAUAUAAUUAAUAAAAAUGAAACGUUACUAUAACGUCGGUGAACAGGGAGCGAAGCGUUAUUCACCAUCGAGCGUUAACGAACACUAAAGGUGACGACGCUUAACGGGAUUAGUUUUGUGUUCUCGAGAUUGUUUUAUCAGAAUGUAAUAAACGAAUGUAAUCAUGUCAUAGUCAUUUCAGUGGUCCGACGAACGACGCGUAGAUUCUCAUCUAUACACCGGAUACGUGAACGUCAUCCCUAUAUAAACACGAUCUCACGUAUAGACUAGACGUGUGUGAUAACUGAAUGUUUAGAGUUAUUAUUGAGUUUACUAGGCUUCGUAGUGUCCAUGCUGACAGGGAUAAACACAUUUGACUGGACAGCUGUCCUGUCAAUCAAUCAUAAAUGCAGGGAAAACCCUAACUGGACCAUUCAGUACAGGUUCUAGGUUUAUUUAAAGGAGCAAUCUGUAAAUCUUAGAUCUAUCUCCUGGCUGCAAGGUGAAUUGCAAGUAACUGCAGUGAAAGCACUGACAGGCCUUUUGCUCGUCCCCCCCCCCACUGAGCUCCUCAUUAUCGCUUUCAAGUUGCCUUUUAUUAAGAAAAUGGGGCCGAGCUCAUUUCAGGGCCAGAAAUUUUCAAGCAAAAAGCCUGAAAUAAAGACUCUAGUAAGUCAUGUUGCACGGCAGUAUUUUAAAUGACAGUAUUUUUCCUAAGAAAUCUUUAAAUGAUUAAUAAGUAUUAGUGUGUUGAGGAACACCUUUAAUUAUUACUAACCGCACCUUUAAAAUCCAGAAUGCAGCAUUUUCUUGAUCUACAGAUAGGAUUUGUUCUGUGAUCGCUGACUUACUGAAACGUUGCACAUUUAUGAAUGUUGUCAGAACGUGUGUGUGUGUGUGUGUGUGUGUGUGUGUUUGUGUGUGUGUGUGUAUCAGUGAGAAUUAUAUAUCUGUAUGUAAAAAGACGAGAAUGUUGACAUGUUUGAUUCACGGUGAAGCUUCCGAAUAAAAGUGGGAUAGUUGAGACCUUGGUUUAAAAAUCCCCAAGUCUUUCACCGUACACACGUUUAACUGCCGCAGUAAUACCAGGCAGAUGCACAUGGACCCUCUCACCCUGCAUCAAGAGGUCAGAGGUUGAGGUUAGAAGGCCACAGGCCAGGAUUCUAGGCUUUACAGAUGGAGGUGUGGGCAGAUUUGGGCUUUUUUUUUUUUUUUUUUACAAGGCAUUAAAGCGGCCUGCUGUCUUUGUCUGUGAUUUCCCUGCUCUCGUAAAUGUCUCAAAGGUCCUUCACUUCUUUAAGCUCUUGUGUGGACGGAUUUUAAAACAGAGAGCUGUUUAUUCAACUAACAAUUGACUUUAAAAAGGCUUUUUUUCCAUAGAAGUUUCAUCAAUCCUCAACUUGCA